CAGGGGGCACCCAGCGCCUGAGGGGCUGCGCGCGCUCGCCCUCCGCCAUGGCGGGAGCCCUGGAGUCGCUGGAGUCGUGCCUGGAGCAGCACAUCCCGCCCGAGGAACUCGCCGAGGUGAAGCGGAUCCUCUAUGGGGGCGAGGCCAGAAAACUUGAUUUGCCAACUGCUGCGCUGGCAGCAGCUCAGGAGAAAGAUUUUGAACUACAGGGCUAUGGAUUUGAAGCUGCUCCGGAGCAACUGAGAAGACCACGUAUUGUUCGAGUGGGACUGAUACAGAAUAAAAUUCCUCUUCCCACAGACACAGCAGUGGCAGUCCAGGUGGCUGCUCUGCACAGACGCAUCGAGGAGAUUGUGGGAGUGGCUGCAGUGUGUGGAGUCAACAUUGUGUGUUUCCAGGAGGCUUGGACCAUGCCCUUUGCUUUUUGUACAAGAGAGAAACUUCCUUGGACUGAAUUUGCUGAGUCAGCGGAGGAUGGGCCAACAACAAAAUUCUGUCAAGAGCUUGCAAAGAAGUACAAUAUGGUUGUGGUGUCUCCAAUCCUGGAGCGAGAUGAACUGCAUGGUGGAAUUCUGUGGAACACUGCGGUGGUCAUUUCUAAUUCUGGAGCACUCCUUGGCAAAAGUAGGAAAAAUCACAUUCCAAGGGUUGGAGAUUUCAAUGAGUCUACCUACUAUAUGGAAGGAAAUACAGGACACUCAGUGUUUCAGACACAGUUUGGGGCGAUUGCUGUGAACAUCUGCUAUGGGCGCCACCACCCUCUGAACUGGCUCAUGUAUAGCAUGAAUGGAGCAGAGAUCAUCUUUAACCCUUCAGCCACUAUUGGGACACUCAGCGAGGCACUGUGGCCGAUUGAAGCCCGAAAUGCUGCCAUAGCCAAUCACUGCUUCACGUGUCCCAUCAACAGAGUAGGAACGGAAUACUACAAAAACGCCUUUACUUCUGGAGAUGGUGGAAAAGCUCACCAUGAGUUGGGCCAUUUCUAUGGCUCCAGUUACGUGGCUGCGCCGGACGGCAGCAGGACCCCGGGACUCUCUCGCACUCAGGAUGGGCUGCUGGUGGCAGAGAUGGACCUGAACCUCUGCAGGCAAGUCAGUGACAAAUGGAAUUUUAAGAUGACUGGUAGAUAUGAAAUGUAUGCAGAAAAGCUUGCUGAAGCAAUCCAGCCUUUCUUUAUACCCAAUAUCAUCAAAGAGUAAGAGAGAGCAUCUCAUUACACUCAAAUGUUACAAGACACAUUUGGAGUUACUGUUGGACGAUAGCUUUACUGUGACUCACAAGUUGCUGUUUUAAUGUUGUCAGUUUGAUUUCAUGUUACUAAUUUUAAAUAAUAAGAUUCAAAACUGUAUUACGUAAAAUAAUUGCAAAUGGCUUCUUAAGUGUUUGCUAUUUACACUAAUGAGUUCAGAGUUUUGUUCCUUGCUAGAAAUACAUCCAGUGUUUUUCUAGAGUAGAAGCACAUACAGUGUACUGUGAUAUACUUGAUAGGAUGAGUUUAGAGGACAUGAAAAUUUUUACCUAAACUUUGCAUUGUACAUCUAUUUCUGCUUUCCAGUUUUUACCGUCUGCCCAAAUGCAUAAUUUAGGGAGAAAGGAGGCAGGAAUUGUUUUCAUCUGGGUUAUGUUUGCCUUUUCUGCUUAUGAACUACGUGAUACAGUUUGGUUACAGCUGAGUAAUGUCCCAGACAUCCCAGUUAUUUGAAGAUCUGUGGGUGCUGUAAAGCAAGACCACUUUGGUUCUGUUGCCUUUUACACAGCCACAGCUGGAGCAGUGUCUUUGCUGGGCCCCUUUAAGGUGCCGAAGUUUUGCUCAGAGAGAUGCUUUGGUAUCUUCUGAAGCUCAGUGCCCUGAAGGGAAGCAGAAAUAGAGACCCUGGCCAAUGCAAGGCAAGGCUUUUGACUGUGAACAGGAAGCUCAGGAUGGGUAAGGAAAACUCCUUCCCUGGGGCUGCACUCCAGUAGGAUAUGCGGUGGCUGCAGAGUAAACAAACCAGCUGUGGAAUGAAGGUACUAAUGAUCCAUUUGCUAUUCUUAGGUAGUACUGUACUCUGAAAUUUUGCCUCAUGUGGUCUGGGUGAUGGCAAUAGGUGUUCGGGCAACGCAGACUGAAUACAAUUUACAGCCCAGCAACUAUGGAUUUGUAGCUGUAAUACUUGAACUCUUGUUUUUGUUUUUCGAAAUUACAAUUUCAAAUUUUCAAAAACAUUUUCUUAAUAAACUUGUUAAUAAAUGCACUUGCUGCAUUACGUUACACCGUUAUUUGUGAGUUUAACCUUUAUUGAGAAUGGCUUAAUUACAAAUAAAAAUAUAUUUA